UCCAAUUUCCCAAACACAAGCUGCAACCUUAAACUCUUUCCUUCACACAAUGUUGUCCAUUUUCCGUCAAUACACCUUCGACGACUCGUUCGAACAAGUCUUCGUCUCGAACAAGUUCCUGAAGGAGUACCAGAUCGCACUCACCUUCGCCACCGACUACGACGACGACGACCACCCCACCAACGGCAUCUUCCGCCCCACCUGGGACCUCCAGAAGGUGACACCGGAAGCCAUCGAGCUGUUCAAGGAGAAGGGCCGCAGCAUGGACGUGGACGUGAAAGUGUUCAUCUCCAUCGGCAACCGCGGCACCCACCAGCCCUUCAAAUCCCUCGACAACAAAACAUGGAUCGCCAACGCCACCCAGUCGCUCACAAACCUCAUCCAGUGCAAGGACCUGAACCUCCACGUAGACGGCAUUGACGUGCUGUACGAGCAAAUCGAUGCCUCCCCCGGUGACUUUAUCCAGUGCGUGGGACAGCUGAUAAAGAACCUCAAGGAGAAUGGGGUAAUCACCGAAGCUUCGAUUUCCCCCACGUUUAACCUGAACAAGGAGUUCUACUCUCGUUUGUACAGUUCUGUGUCGUUCUUGGUUGAUUUUGUGGAUUACCAGUUCCAGAAGGAGGUUGAUUUUGUUAUGAAUCCCGGUGUGCUGUUGCAGAGGUACAAUGAACUGACCAAGGUUUAUCCGAGAAGGAAGCUGUUGGCUGGGUACAGCGCAGAGAACGAGGACUGGACCACUCUUUCACCCAUCGUCUUCUUCCUCGGUGGCAUGGACAUUCUCAAGAAGAGAAAGGCUCCUGGAAUUUCCAUUCAUUACCAUAAUUUCUAUGCUCAAUCUUCUCCUCAACAAUGAACAUAUCAUUCCAUGCCUGCUCUUAUAUAUUAUCAUCAUCAUCUUAUUCACUAGUUAACAUCCCUAUCCAUUCCCCCCAUAUAUAUAAACAUUAUAUCACAUCUAUAUAUGUAUACACAUAUUCUUCUUUA